AUGGCAAGCCAUGGGAUGCCACGAAUUGCGACGACUGAACAAAAAUCAAUAACGGCGCAGCUGAAGGAACAAAAGGAUAUUGAAGAAUACAAAGCUUUGGUAGAACUGAUUCAGCUCAAAGUCGCAGAGCGCCAAUAUACCCGUGAGGUACUCGACCUAACUUCCAAACUACUAUCAAAGAAUCCCGAAUACUAUACGAUAUGGAACAUCCGCAGGCGUUUGCUAAUUCAUGGAUUAUUCUCGAAAUCAUCGGAGUCAUCAUUGGAAUCGGAUACCCAAUUGCCUUCUUCUGGGCUGUCCGAGAACUCGACGUCUGGCGUAACCUCAUCCUCCUCUACCUCUGCGUCUUCCGAGGACUUGACCAAGAUCCGGGCAGACCCGCACCCCCUGAAUCCUGGGAAGAAUUCUACGAUUCUUGAUUUGAUACAGGCAGACUUAGAUUUUAUAUUUCCGUUGAUGUUGGGCUGGCCAAAAUGCUAUUGGAUAUGGAACUAUCGAUUGUGGUUAUUAAAAGAAGCAAAUGACAGAUUGGCUGCCGAUAUUGCGAGAGGAUUGUGGCAGCGCGAACUUGUUUUAGUGGGGAAGAUGUUGACAAGAGAUAGUCGAAACUUCCAUGGUUGGGGAUACCGACGGACCGUUGUUUCACAGCUGGAAGAUCCCAAAUUGAAUGGCUCAAGCAUGGUCGAAUCGGAAUUUGCAUAUACUACAAGAAUGAUUAAUGCGGAGUUGAAAAACUUCUCGGCUUGGCACAACCGAAGUAAACUAAUACCAAGACUGCUCGACGAGCGGCAAGCGACUGCAACUCAGAGGCGGCAGUUUCUAGAUGAGGAGUUUGAUCUUAUUACUAAAGCUAUGUGGAAUGAUGCGUAUCCGUAUGAUCAGUCUGUAUGGUUCUAUCAUCAAUUUCUCAUGUCAACUCUCACUGAGUCUGUCGGUCAUGCAACCAUAACUCCAAACUUUUCUCGAGAAGAUCGUAUAGAAUAUAUCAAGCAGCAACUUAUCAAUCUGAGGGACUUUCUUGAUGGAGGUGAGGACUGUAAGUGGGUUUUUGAUGCUUUGUUUGAGUAUACACUUGCUGUAUGUGAAAUGGAAAUGCGCCUGCCUGAACAUGAUGAAGUACAAGAUUGUAAAGCUUGGCUUUCGGAAUUGAGAAAGCUUGAUCCUAUGAGAGCUGGUAGGUGGGAUGAACUUGAGGUCAUUUUACGAAAGUCGGCCGAGUAA